GGGGGCAAGAACCUAGAGGAUGGCUCUGAAUGAUUGUUUGCUUUUGAACUUGGAAGUGGACCACUUCUUGCACUGCAACAUCUCCAAUCACAGUGCAGAUCUCCCCACCAACGACGACUGGUUCCACCCAGGGAUCUUCUAUGUCAUCCCUGCCAUCUAUGGGGUCAUCAUUCUGAUAGGCCUCGUCGGCAACAUCACCCUGAUCAAGAUCUUCUGUACGGUGAAGGCCAUGCGAAAUGUGCCCAACCUGUUCAUCUCCAGUCUGGCCUUGGGAGACCUGCUCCUCCUGGUAACGUGCGCUCCCGUGGAUGCCAGCAGGUACCUGGCCGACAGAUGGCUGUUUGGCAGGAUUGGCUGCAAACUGAUCCCCUUUAUACAGCUCACCUCGGUGGGGGUGUCUGUCUUCACACUCACGGCUCUCUCGGCGGACAGGCUUCAAAAAGCUGAUGGAUCACCUGAAUCACAGGUAGUGAGCGCAUCUAACCGAUUUCGACAAGAAUAA